AUGACAACCAGUAUGGGCCCGAGUUUCUCUGGGCAUCCUGCCGGUAUGGGGCAUCCAGGUGUCGCCGGUCAUCCUAUGGGCCCCGGUGGUAUGCCUCACAACCCAGGCCAACAAGGCGCCCCCGGCGGAAUGCCUCAUCAAUUCGGAGGGCCUAUGGUCUCUGCUCCCGGAGCACAAGUAAACCCUGCCCUCAUGGGCGGAAUGCCGCCGGGUGCGAACCCAAAUGCUCAUGCUUUACAGCACCUCAAUCCUGCCGCUCAGCAGCAAAUGCUGCAACAACAGCUUCAGCAACAACAUUUUAAUAAUCCUCAAGCGAUGGCCGCAAUGCGACAGCAACAGCAGCAGUUGCUUCAUCAACAACAAGCGCGGCAACUGAUGGCUCAACAAGCUUUUCAGGCCAACAUGCAGGGUGGGGUGCCCAUGAACAUGGCUCAGUUUAGCCAGCUCAACCCUCAGCAAAUUCACCAACUUCGAAGAGGAAUGGGUGGUCCGGGACAACAUCCUCAGGCUCAAGUGAUUAUGGCUCAGCAGCUUGCGCUCCAACAACAACAGCAGCAACAUCAACAGCAGCAGCACCAACAGCAGCAGCAGCAGCAACAGCAGGCUGCUCACGCCCAGCAAAUGCAAGGCGGACCUAACCAAGGACAACCUAUGCAGAUGAAUGCUCAAAGCAUGCAAGCCCUGCAACAGAACCAGCUUGCUCUUCAAAAUCAGAUGGCAAAUCAACAGAGUCAACAGUCACAGGGCCAGCCCCAGCCUCAACAGCAGCAGCAACCGCAACAACAGCAGCAGCCGCAACAGCAGCAGCCCGGGCAACAGCAAGCUCAACAUACUCCCCAGCAAUCGUCACAGGCUGGUACACCUGCCCCUACCGGUCCCCAAACCCCAGCUCAAACACCAAGCUCAACUCCCGCCCAGCCAACGCAGCUACCACCCGGUCAGAGUCAACCUCAGGUGCCGCAAACUCCUGCUCAAGCACAGGUUCAACCCCAGCCCCAACCUCAGGCACAGGCUCAACCACAGGCUCAAGCUCAAGCUCAACAGCAUCAGAUGAAUGCCGCUGCUGCUCAGCAGAUGGCGAUACAGAGUCAGAUCCUCCAGCAGCAGCGACGGGACAGCAUGAAAGGUCAAUGCUUGUUAAAACUAAUGCAGUUCAGCGAGCACUUGAGUGGCUUCCCUGGCUCCAAAGGUCGAGACGAUCUUUCUUAUUGGAACGGCUUCGUGAUGCGAUUCUUCUCCCCAAAUGGUGUCUUCCGUCACUCAUUACACAUUACUGAUGCGGAAGAUACGGCCGACAAGCAAUAUGAAAUUGCAUACCCCGCCAUUGCUCGAUACUUUCAUACUCAUUUUGGCAGCGGUGUAAAGAACAUGCAGUUGAUCAUGGAUAAGGGUGUGACAGAUCGACCGCUUCCUGGUGACUGCCACUGCAUCGAGAACUCCAAGGCCAGUCUCGUUUAUUGGUUCGAGACUGGAUCUCAUCUGGUUGCGAGCGGUACACUCCGAGCUCAGUUCGACGCUGAGCAGAAGAUCGAACUUUUCGAGUUCCUCACCACAAGCCACGACGAAUUCAUCUCGCGGAAACAGGUCAUUGAUGCCGCGAAACCUGCCCACAUGUGGAUGAAGGAUUGGCACAAGACUAACUCGCAGGACGGGAAAUCACCUGAAUUGUCCAAGAAGGGCAAGGGUAGGCAGUUGAAGUCACCUCAAACACAGCCACCAGAGGUCUUGGUCGAUCUGCCAGACUCGGCCGUGAACAGCAAGGGUGUGACCGAGGCUGUCUUCCAAUUUCUUGAGAUUGUUGAAGUGAUGGGACAGAUGAACCCAUUGUUCCAAUUUUACCAUUCGAACCCCGGCCUCGGCCCGUACCAAGCUCUCGACCAAUACGUCUCAACAAAUAUCAACGGACUGCCCCCAAACAUGAACGGCCAACAAAUGCCCCCUGGUGCCCGCACACCUAGCUUUGGACAAUUUCCCAUGGGCGCCAGCCCAGCUGCGGCUCACAUGAACCUACCCGGAUCACCACAUAUGGGCAGCCCGGCACAAGGUCACAUGCAGGCCCCCGGAAUGCAGAUGCAACAAAGCCAGCAAGGCACUGGAUCGAGCGGCCCUAGCGCAAACACAUCUCCUGCUUCGAACAAGCGGAGACGGCCAUCGGCAGUAAAGGACGAGGACAUAUCUGGAGCUCCUACACCAAACACCAAUGGAAUGACUCGUAACGCCAAACCUCCUACACCGCGGAUGCCAAAGCGCCUCAAGGGCAAUCCACCCGCACAGUAA